AUGUCUCUUUCAAAUAGUCUUUUGGCAUAUAUUCAUGUUCUUUCUGGGAACAAUUACAAGAGGUGGGUAGAGGACCUAGAAAUUAAUCUGGGACUGCUCGACCUUGAUGUGGCUCUUCAAGAAUCAAAACCUGCUGAUCUGACAGAUGCGAGUACGAAUGCUGAGAGAAAACUCAUUCCUGAGUCGUUGCGUGACAGUGUUGAAGUGAAAGAUACUGCCACAGAGUUUCUGACUGAGAUAAAGGUUAUUUUUGAGGUGUCUCAGAAGGUUGAGAAAGGGGAUCUGAUGAAUCAGAUUACGUCAGCUGUAUUCGAUGGUACUGAGAGUGUCAGAGAACAUUUACUGAAGAUGGCUAACAAGUUGAGGGAUCUUGGGAUGCCUAUAGAAGAAGAACUUUUAGUGCAUCUUGCACUUAAAUCUCUCCCAGAUGUGUAUGCGAAUAUAAAGUCUGUAAAUACUGCUCAGAAGGACAAAUGA